UUUAUGUAUCGCAUGUAUAUCGUGUUUUCCAUCAGGAUAGAUGUGUAAUCUGAAAAAUAAUAAAUCAAACGAUUAAUCACCUCAGCCUCCUAAUUCCGAUUCCUGGGCAUAUGUCUCCUUUCGUACGAGAGUGGUUUUGAGAAGAUUGACCCUCCACCCUGUUGUAAUGAAGCUUGAACGUAUAUAACAUAGCCAAAAGCCCGAUGCCGAUAGUGCUCUCCGAGGCAAGGAGUUGGACAUCUAACAUCAUCUAUAAGUGGAAGAACGGGAUUCACUUUGGUAUUCACCGCACUCUCGCCAAGGUUUAGACCGCCAAUGCAUGGCGGGUCACUGCCGAAUCCUCCAGGCAGGGGGCCCGGAUAGUGCCGCGGUGUCGGAGGCCCCCAGCAGUGGUAGUGAGGAGUCUGAUUGCGAACCGGGGCCUGAGCCUGACCCGGAUACGGCUUUGACUGAGGAGUGGGCGCGGGAACUGCUGUGCGGAGAGGGCGUGGUCUCACCUCAAGAGAUCCGAGUUGAAUCCCGAGCAGGAGUUGCAGGAGCCCUGAGUAGAGUUCUCGCAGUGACCGUCCGAUAUGAAAGCGGUGGUGAAUACCGGGCGCUACCAUUGGUGGUCAAGUUACCGCCGCGCGACCCCUUCGGUAGACUGUUUGUAGCGGAGGCCCAGUUUGACACGAGGGAGAUACUAUUUUACACUGAGUUAGCACCGGCGCUUAACCGACUUGCUGAAGAAGCUUUUGGCCCUGGAGAAGGGUUGCCUAUUCCGAGAUGCGUGAAAGCUAGAUUACCAGAUGAAAUAGGGGGAGACAGCGAACUCGUGUUGGAAGACGUGACUGCUGACGGGUUUGAAUCGGCAGACUUUGCUGAGGGUCUUACAAUCGAACGUGCAAGGGCUGCACUGUACGCCGCUGCAAGGCUUCACGCACUCACCUUGGCCUUGCGUGAAAGAGAGGGCCCACUAGAUGCGAGAUUUGACUUUUUGUUCCCCUGCGAAAGAGCAGCUGCUGGGUAUCUUCGCCUGGUAAGACGGGGUUUGCCCCAACUUGAAGUUUUCCUUCGCGGCCGACCAGACUGUGUUGAGGAAGCUGCUGCGGUGUCAGCGCUCAGCGCCCGAGCACCUUCACUCCUGAGCACUUUACUUCGCCCGGCCGAGCCUGCUCCGCUCGCUCACGCUGACUUUUGGAGUGGCAAUCUUCUGUUUAGAGAAAUAGAUGGUGAAAGCGAAUGUAUUGCACUCGAUUGGCAAAUGGUGUCUUUAGGAAGACCAAUGGACGACGUUGCGCUAUUGCUCCUCUCUUCUCUCACUCCGGAAUUGAGAAGAGCUGCCGGGGAGUCUUUGAUAGAAGAUUAUGGGGAUCGCUUGGAAUUAGAGUGUGCUAGAUUGGGAGCUUCAGUAUCUGGAGCAAUAGUAAGACGAGGUUUGCACCCAGAUUGGCCGAGGGCUGCGCUACGGGCCCUCUUGCUGUGUGCGGGUAGCGUUGACGUGGCUCUUGGGGAACCGCGGGCGGAGAGGAGGCUACUCGAAGCCGUCCGCGAUCUACACGCACAAAAAAUUCUCGCCCUGAAACCUGAAUCUGAUGCGUGAAAGUAAAAACUGUGCCAAGAUUUAAGUACUUAUUCAAAGUUAACCGAUUAUCGAUUAAUGAGUCCAUUGACAUAGCGUAUAGAUUAUGUUUCGAUAGAAGCACAAAAUUGCAUUUGUGUACUCGUUGUUUACGAUUAUUUAUAUUGUUUUGUGUAGUGACAUCUAUUGUUUUAUUAGAGACGUUUGUGGCACUGGUGCGCAGCGAUGCCUAAAUAAAGACUGACUUUACGUAACUUGAGUCAUGUGUGUGACCUACAUGAGUGUGGUAUUUAAUUAUUAUUGUAGGUGAAUGUUGCUCAUCGUAUCAAAAAAAAGGGAAUAAAUCG